UGAGUUAGUCAACGUGCAGGCGUUAGUUACCAGGUUUAGUAUCUACCGUGAAAAUAAACAAAAAAAUUGGCAGUAGAAGAUAGUCAUCGGUGCAGUGGUCUUCUCGAUUUGGGAAGCUCAUGAAGCUCAAAUAAGCUAGCUUGCUAGCUCACAAACUUGAGUGCAUGAACGCUUGAUUUAAGUUUGCCAGUUUGCUGCAGUUUUAAACUGGAGCAUGUUCAAUAAGAAGCCGAGACGAAAUUUCAGAAAAAGGGUGAAUGAAUCAAGCGAAGAAGAAGAACAGGUACAUGAUGAAGAAGGAGCAUGUGGCCUAAGGCAGCGGAACCUGCCGCAAAGCAGGGGCAUUUCCUGCAGCUCCAAGCGGGAGGUGGGUGCCUCUGAGUCGGCUUCGGGCGGCGCGGAAGAUGCCGUCGGUAGCAGCGAGACUGCGGCUGAAAGGAAACCAUCCCCAAACGCCUGGAAGAAAGAAAACCAGGAGAAAAGUGUGCUGAGCUUUUCAGACGAGAAGGAAGUGGAUGGAAGUGAAUUCAAGGUGAAGAAAUCAGCCGACAGAGAGGUUGUCUUCAAAGCUCGGAGAAAAGGAGUCUCUCCGGCCGAACUGACAGCUGUCAAAGACCAGAAGGAUGCUGAUCCGGCGAGCGCGUCCCCUGAUCCGGCGAGCGUGUCCCCUGAUCCGGCCAGCGUGUCCCCUGAUCCGGCCAGCGUGUCCUCUGAUGAGCCGGAGUCUGGAGAGGACGCCGCCGAAGUAGACAUUCACGCUGGGAGUGAUGGCGAUGCAAGCUCAACCUCCAGUUCGUCCCGCGCAUCUGGACCCAGGAUAGGUGCCAUUCCUGACGCUCGGCAGAUCCGCGCAGCCAGGAGACAGCGGCGGGAGGCCCGAGCGCAGAGAGACUACAUCCCCCUGGAUCAGGGGCGCGACAGCACCCCUGGAGCUGGAGAGGAGGAGGAGGAGGAAGAUCGAAGUGAGGACAGCGAUGGCACAGAUGACCACCAGCGCAGAAUCCAGUUUGCGCCCAGGCCCAAAACACUGAGAGAGAGGAUCACGGAAAAGAUCGGUGGGAGCGAGAGUGAGGGCAGUCUCUCUGACAGUCAGGAGGAUGCAGAUCGCAACCUGUGGGAGGAGCAGCAGAUUGGGAAGGGAGUCAAGAGGCUUCAGCAUUCUGGCAGCAGCUCCCCCCAGGAGACAGUGAAGCACAGGAAGAAGUUUGAAAUUCCUGAGUCCCUUCCGCCUGUCAGCAUCGCUGUCAUCAAGAAGAGAGUCGCUACCAAGCUGGAGUCCCUGAGGGAGGUGCACCGCGCACGGGAGGCGGAGCAUCGCAGGAUGCAGCUGGACAUGGACGACGCCCAGGCUGCCCUGGAGCAGCUGGAGAACGGGUCCGCCCACGAGCAGCACAGGUUCUACAGAGACAUGCGGGUCUACAUCCAGAACCUGAUAGAGUGCCUGAGGGAGAAGGUGGUGCAGAUUAACGCAGUGGAGCUGGACAUGCACAGUCUCCUGAGUGACCAGGCGGAGGCGCUGUUGGCCCGCAGGCGUGAGGCGGUGAGGGAGGAGUCCUCUCGCCUGCAGCAGCUCGCCUAUAACACAGACCCAUCCAGCAACGGCCACGGAGAGAAAGCCCAGGCAGAGGCACAGGGAGCCAGGCAGCCCGGUGACUCUGACGAAGCCGAAGCUGGGGGGGGGGCAGCAGACCAGCAGCCUCUGCCCGAGGAGGAGGAAGAGCUGGACAGGAAGAGAGAUGAAAUACUGAGAAGGGCCGAGGACAUCUUCGUGGACGUUCAGGAGAGCUUCUCGGACGUGGGGAAGAUUCUCUCCCGGUUUGAGGAGUGGAGGAGCCAGUUCUCGGAGUCGUACCACAACGCCUACAUCAGCCUGUGCCUCCCCAAACUGCUGGCUCCUCUGCUCAGGCAUCAGCUCGUCGGCUGGAACCCUCUCAAGGAGGACAGUACGGACUUUGAGGCCCUCCCGUGGUAUUCGGCAGCGGACAGGUUCUGUCAUGGACAGGGCUACGAGGAGUCUGAGAACACAGACAGCAAGACUCUCACCUCCAUCAUCGAGAAGACCAUAGUGACGAAGAUCCAAGGUUUCGUGGAGAUGGUGUGGGACCCGCUGUCCUCAGCACAGUCUCGGUGCCUGGCUAAGCUCUGCCGGAGGCUGCAGGACGAUUACUCCGUAUUUGAGGGCGAGCAGAGCAAGCCGGUGAAGGCCUUUGUGGAAGCCGUCGUGGCGAGGAUGAGGAGUGCUGUGGACGAAGAUGUGUUUAUCCCCCUCUAUCCAAAACGGUUUUUAGAUGACACAAGGUCCCCACAAUACCUGUUUCGGGACAGGCAGUUCUAUUCAGCUGUGAAGCUGCUGGGUAGCAUCGCUCUGUGGGAUGGGUUGGUUCCGGAGGAUGUGCUGAAAGAACUGAGCCUGGACAAGCUGCUAAACCGCUACCUCAUGAUGACCCUUCUGAACACGCCUUCUGAGAAGGACUCUGUGGAGAAGUGUAAAAAGGUGGCUGCAUGUUUUCCGAAGUCCUGGUUUGAAGAUGUGAGCAGCAGGUCUCCCACCCCUCAGCUUCAGAACUUCAGCAAUCACCUGCUUCAGACGGCACAUUCGUUGUGUAAGAAGAACCCUGACAUCACCAGCGUCAGGGAUGUUGUAACGGAUGUUUUGAUUCUUCUGAGAAACAUCAGAGCCCUGGACAGUGUAUCGGAUAUAGUGGAAAAAUACCACUUGAAGGGACUCGAAGGACUCGCUGUUUCAUAGAUAGGGUUACCUAGACAACUGUGUUUACUGCUUGGCUCCUUUUUUACUUCCCUGUAACAGGAACAGUCUGUUGAGUCAGUUUCCUGUGAUAUGUAUUUUUAUACAU